AUGGCAGCCGCCAAGCCCGGCGAGCUGAUGGGCAUCUGCUCCAGCUACCAGGCGGUGAUGCCGCACUUCGUGUGCCUGGCCGACGAGUUCCCGCAGCCCGUGCGGCCCGCCAAGCUGACCAAGGGCAAGGGCCGGCUGCGGCGGCCGCGCCAGUCCCGCUUCAAGACGCAGCCGGUGACCUUCGACGAGAUCCAGGAGGUGGAGGAGGAGGGGGUGUCCCCCCUGGAGGAGGAGAAGGCCAGGAAGUCGUUCCUGCAGAGCCUGGAGUGCCUGCGCCGCAGCACGCAGAGCCUGUCGCUGCAGAGGGAGCAGCUCAGCAGCUGCAAACUCAGGAACAGCCUGGACUCCAGCGACUCCGACUCGGCCCUGUGAGGGC